AUGCGUCCGACACCAACCACCACUCCCCCACCUCAAAGCCGUCAACCGACCUAUGCUGGGGUCCUCCGGCACCGCAUGAAAACUUCUCUGCAAUGGAUUCCUAAAACCCGAGAAACUGUCUCUUCCACCGAGUGUAUACCCACAAUAGAACUUGAGCCCAAGAGAAGGAAACACUCACCUAUUCGAAUUUGCAAUACACCCGUAUCUGCGACAAAGUCAUUGUCCAAGUUUUUGACUUCAGCAUUGCCCGCAUUCUCGCGCAUCCUAUUGUAG